GACGUGUUUCCGGCCUUAAAGGCAUUUCGCCCUUCCCUUUAAGACGCGCCGCCCCUUCUCAGUCACUCCCAAGAUGGCGGACCUACUGGGCUCCAUCCUGAGCUCCAUGGAGAAGCCACCCAGCCUCGGGGACCAGGAGUCUCGGCGCAAGGCCCGAGAGCAGGCUGCCCGCCUGAAGAAGCUACAGGAACAAGAAAAACAACAGAAGGUGGAGUUUCGUAAAAGGAUGGAGAAAGAGGUGUCCGAUUUCAUCCAAGACAGCCGGCAGAUCAAGAAAAAGUUUCAGCCGAUGAACAAGAUCGAGAGGAGCAUCCUACACGAUGUGGUGGAGGUGGCUGGCCUGACGUCCUUCUCCUUCGGGGAAGAUGAUGAGUGUCGCUACGUCAUGAUCUUCAAGAAGGAGUUCGCACCCUCAGAUGAAGAGCUGGAGUCCUACCGUCGCGGCGAGGAGUGGGACCCCCAGAAAGCCGAGGAGAAACGCAAGCUGAAGGAGCUGGCCCAGCGGCAGGAGGAGGAGGCAGCCCAGCAGGGCCCCGUGGUGGUGAGCCCCGCCAGCGACUACAAAGACAAGUACAGCCACCUCAUCGGCAAGGGGGCGGCCAAGGACGCGGCCCACAUGCUACAGGCCAACAAGGCCUAUGGCUGUGUGCCCGUGGCCAACAAGAGGGACACGCGCUCCAUCGAAGAGGCCAUGAACGAGAUCCGGGCCAAGAAGCGGCUGCGGCAGAGCGGGGAAGAGCUGCCACCGACGUCCUAGGCGCCCCAGCAACCGGGGCGGGCCGGGGACAGGGGGACAGGCUGCUGCUAUUAGGACCCAUCCUGGAGCCCCACCUCCGCACCGCCUCCCGUCCGCGGGCACCGGGCCGGGGAGGCGGGUAUGUGACUUGUCACUGUCCGAGCUCGGACCCUCGAGUGGUGUGUGUGCGCUUGCGCGUGAGUGU